AGCAGUGAUUCUGUACUUUGUUAAGCUCUAGGGUUAUUAGUGGGCAACUGGGCGUGGGAUAGAUAAUGAGGAGCUAAGCGAGGGAUGCUGGGGUUUGAGAUGUUGGACUAUCAGGCCAUCUUUCUUUACGUAUUACUUGCUAUAUUUACUUUCUUUUUUCAAUGUUUCAACAUUAUUCCACCACCUGCUACCUUCUUCAUGCGAGCCAUGACUGCUUCACAAUACUUAUAUACAAAGGCUUAUCACAGCAGUGAGGUGGAUCUUGAUAUAGUUUACUGGAUUUCAACCAAAGGGUGAAGGAAUAACUACAAGACAUAGUACGAAGAGAAAAAGAAGAGAAACGAGAGGCGGCGGCUAUAUAUACGGCUCGCUAACAGGCGUGGAAAGUGCUAGAAGGAACGCGCU